UUUUAAAUCUUUUAUAAUAAUUAAUGGAUACAACUGAAAUUACAAGAGAAGCUAGUCAUGCAGGUUCUUGGUACAAAGAUGAUCCCCAAGAACUUGAAGAUGAGCUUACUGAUUUCCUAAACCUUGCAGAUAAAACUUCUCCUGAGGGAAAGUACCUAAAAGGGAUAAUCGGGCCUCAUGCAGGAAUAAUGUACUCUGGCAAAUGAGCUGCUUGGGCCUACAAAAAUAUUGACCCUUCAAUUUAUAAGAGAGUAUUCAUUCUUGGAGGAGCACAUAUCUAUGAUAUUCCAGGGGGAUGUCUCACUCUUUGUUCAAAAUAUGCGACUCCUUUAGGUGACAUUAGAAUCGAUACAGAAACUACAAAGAUUUUGUCAGAGCAAGAAGGACUUCAAUAUUACGGGAAGAAAUAUGAUGAGCAUGAACAUUGAAUUGAGCUUCAUCUCCCUUACAUAAAGAAAAUUUUUGAAGAUAAAGACAUUGGACUUGUCCCUAUCAUGUUUGGAGCUCUCACAUUUGAGGAGGAGAAGAAGUUUGGAGAAAUUUUGGCAGAAUAUUUAAAAGAUCCUGAAACCCUCUUCAUUGUUUCUACAGAUUUCUGCCAUUGGGGUGCUAACUAUAACUUCUAUCCCCAUGACAAAGCUAUAACUGAAGAUAUCCAAGAGUAUGUUGAGCAUCUAGACAAACAAGGUAUGGAUAUAAUUGAAACAAAUAAUGGAAAAGAGUUUGUCGAGUAUUGAAACGAAACUAAAAAUAAUAUUUGUGGAAGACAUCCCAUAGCUGUAUACCUUGAAGCCUUAAAAGCUGCUGGAAUGAAUGAAACUACCGAAACAAAGUUUGUUAAUGUUGACCAUACUAUGCAGCUCAAAUCCAAAGAGGAUAGCUCAGUAACCUACGCAUCAGCAUAUACCAUCUUAAAAGAGUAGAUUCAAUGCA